AUGGUAAAGUUACAUAAAAUUAAAACACCAAAUGAAAAUUUAAUAAAUUGUAAGAAUGGUCAUAUUAUACAAUUACCUAGUAAAAAUUAUUCAUAUGCAAAUUUUUUAAUAUUUCUUAAAAAUAAUAAUUCAAUCGAUGUUUAUCAUCAUAAAAGUUUUUAUAAUCAAAAAACUAUAAUUUCAGAUGAAUUGUUAGUAAGUCUUAAUUUUUUAAGUAGAAUUAGUGUUGACUCUUUUGAAGUUUUAUUAACAAAAAAUAUUUUAAAAAUUAGUAUUGUAAGUGGUAAUGAAAUUAGAAUUGUUUUUGCUAGUUUACAAGUUGACCCUAUAAUAAAAAUAAGUGAAUUUGAAUCAAUGUUAAUACAUGGAAAAUAUCAGGCGUACAUGAAACAUUCAUUAUUAUUAGAUCAGAACAAACAAACAUUUAUUCUUGGGAUAGGACUUCUUGUAAAAUAUAACAAUAAAUCAUUAUCAACUGGUGACAUGCUAUAUAUGGACCCAAUAGGAAAUAUAGAUAAAGUAGCAAUACAUUAUUCAGGAAGUAAUUGUAAAUUUAUUCAUAUUUAUUUAAAAAAUAUAGCUGAAAUAUGUGAUGAUGGAACAAUUAGAAGUAGAAAAUUUAAUUUAUUUAAGUUAAAAGAGGGAGGCAAUAUAUUAAGUUACACAAACAAAAUAAAUAUAAAGAUAUCUCCCAAUAAGCUUGAAUCAUUUGGAUGGAUAGAAAAUUUUUAUAAGAAAAGAAAUAGAAUUAAUGUGACAAUUGAUAUAUAA